GCGAAGACGACACGCUUGAAUCACGGGAAGUCAUAUACGGAGUGUGUGCGAGGAUAGAGAGAUCGUUUUGAGGCGAGGCUCCAUUCAUUAUAAUUCGGGGAUUAUAGAUUUACACAGUUACAAGGAGUGAAUAUUCUCAUACAAUGGCCGAAGAGGUGUCCGAAGAACAGUUGAAAGAAUUCAGGGAAGCAUUUGCAUUGUUUGACAAAGAUGGGGACGGUACCAUAACAACUAAAGAAUUGGGGACCGUCAUGCGGUCAUUAGGUCAAAACCCAACAGAGGCUGAGCUCCAAGAUAUGAUUAACGAAGUCGAUGCUGAUGGCAAUGGCACAAUAGAUUUUCAAGAAUUCAACGUCAUGAUGGCAAAGAAAAUGAAAGAAACAGACCAAGAAGAGGAACUUCGAGAGGCGUUCCGGGUAUUUGAUAAAAACGGAGAUGGGUUCAUCAGCGCCGAGGAAUUACGGCAUGUCAUGAAAAAUUUAGGCGAAAAACUGACAGAUGAUGAGAUUGAGGAAAUGAUCCGUGAGGCAGAUGUCGAUGGCGAUGGGCAGGUCAAUUAUGAAGAAUUCGUAACAAUGAUGUCAUCAAAGUGAGUGUCACGGAGACACAGAUUAUGAAGAUCUUUGAUCAUACUCCUCGUGUAUGUUAAUUAAAUAACCGCAUGUGAUUGCGUUUUUCAAUAAUUGAUCACCUUUCUUCUAACGUUCACCUUUGAUCAUAUAUGGUUAUAAUUAUCACAUUAUACGCUUUGGUUGGAUAAAAAUUGUGCCACUUAAUGCAGGUUUUAUGAUCAUCGCGAAACCAUUGUUCUGAUUGACAAACGGUGUACGUAGUGGAUCAACUUUAAUUGCUCAUACAUGCCUAUAAGUCGUAACACUCAACGAUAUGUGCAAGCAA